AUGGUUCUCGAUUCCAAGCAGAGAGAUGCUAUUAAUGCUAAGCGGUUCAAUGGCAAAAAACCAACCACAUCAAAAAUCAAUAAUAACAAGAAUGGCAGAAACCAUAAUAAGGUUCCAGAAGCAUCACUGGUGCCGGUGCAGCCAAAACCAUUGACUUCUAAGGAUAAAAAUACGAAAAGACUCAUAGUAGUUCUUUCACAAGCAUCUUUGGAAACCCACAAGAUCAGUACUGGAGGAGGUCCUGGAUCGGAAAAGUACGCUCUUCUCAACUGCGAUGAUCACCAGGGGUUGCUUCGAAAAAUGGGAAGAGAUAUCUCGGAAGCUCGACCUGAUAUCACCCAUCAAUGUCUCUUGACAUUACUUGAUUCUCCUGUCAACAAAGCUGGUAAGUUGCAGGUGUAUAUUCACACAUCCAAAGGUGUUCUCAUAGAGGUGAAUCCAUGUGUUCGUAUUCCUAGAACAUUCAAGCGGUUCUCUGGUUUAAUGGUCCAGCUUUUACACAGAUUAUCCAUUAGAUCUGUCAACUCCCAGGAGAAACUUUUAAGAGUUAUCAAAAAUCCAAUAACAGACUACUUGCCUACAAAAUGCCGCAAGGUUACCUUAUCUUUCGAUGCAAAGGUGCAGCCAGUGAAGGACUAUGUUGAUACUCUGGCUGAUGAUGAGAGUCUGUGUGUGUUUAUUGGUGCUAUGGCAAGAGGUAAGGAUACUUUUGCCGACGAAUUUGUUGAUGAGAAAAUUGCUGUUUCUGAAUAUCCACUUUCUGCUUCUGUGGCCUGCAGCCGUAUUUGCCACGGUGCAGAGGACGCUUGGGGAAUUUUAUGA